AGUGACACGGCCGGAAGCGCACGGGGAGAGGGGGGAGGUGAAACGCCGGAAGUGGGUUGCAAGGAGGUGAGCAGCAGCUGUGGGAGUGUGAAGUCAGCCCGAAUCCGCAGGCUUGGAUGACUGGAAAGGCACAAUGAGUGUAAAGGCAUUUGAACUUGUUCCUGUUCUUGAGCGGGAUCUGCUGAUAGGAGAUAAAACUUGGAUGACUAUUGAUUGCAUUGAAUGUUGUGGGAAGAAUCUUUAUGUAGGAACAAACGACUGCUUUAUCUAUCACUUCCUAUUGGAAGAAAAGGUAUCCACCUCAGGAAGAAUUUUGUUUACUCCAAUCAAACAACUGCACAUGUACCUGGGGAUUAAAAAAGCUGUGAAUGAACUAAAAGCAGCAUCAGCUUUGAACCGGCUGUUGGUUCUAUGUGACAAUACUGUGACUAUAUUGCAUAUGAUCAAUCUGGAACCAAUACCAUCAGGAGCUAAAAUCAAAGGAGUAACUGCAUUUUCUGUAAACGAGAACCCAGUGACUGGAGACCCCUUCUGUGUUGAGGUUUGCACCAUUUCACUGAAGCGGAAAACUGUGCAAAUAUAUGCAGUGCAUGAAGAUCGUGUCCAGCUAAUGAAAGAGGUGUCCACACCAGAACAGCCAGUUGCUAUAGCUGUGGAUGGCUACUUCCUUUGCUUGGCCAUGAGCACCCAAUACAUUAUUUUAUGUUAUAACACCGGAGUUUCACAAAACCUGUUCCCAUUCAAUAGUGAAGAAAAGCAACCAAUUGUAAAACGGAUUGGACGAGAGGAAUUUUUAUUAGCUGGCCCUGGUGCAUUGGGGAUGUUUGUGACAGCGGCAGGAAUCUCCCAGCGUGCACCCGUUCACUGGUCGGAGAAUGUGUUUGGAGCAGCGGUGUGCUUUCCUUAUGUGGUAGCUCUGGAUGAAGAGUUUGUUACUGUGCAUAGCAUGCUUGACCAGCAGCAAAAACAGACAAUUCCAUUCCGAGGUGGCCACAUACUGCAAGACUUUGAAGGGAAACUGAUUAUAGCCACUAGUAAAGAAAUACAUAUGCUGGUACCUUUGCCUUUGGAAAGGCAGAUUCAAGAUCUGCUUGCCAGCCGCAGAGUAGAGGAGGCACUUGUCUUAGCGAAAGGAGCUCGCCGCAACAUUCCCAAAGAUAAAUUUCAGGGUAUGUACAGAAGAAUUCUGCAGCAAGCAGGCUUUAUACAGUUUGGCCAGCUUCAGUUUUUAGAAGCUAAAGAACUCUUCAGGAGUGGUCAGCUCGAUGUAAGAGAGUUGAUGUCUCUCUAUCCAUUACUGCUUCCUUCGACCUCUACGUUUAUACGGUCCCAUCCCUCAUUACAUGAAUAUGCUGACUUAAAUCAACUAAUGCAGGGUGACCAAGAAAAAAUAACAAAGUGCAAGCGCUUCCUUAUGAGCUACUUGAAUGAGAUUCGAAGCACCGAAGUAGCAAAUGGAUACAAGGAAGAAAUUGACACAGCCUUGCUAAAAUUAUACGCUGAAGCUAACCAUGACAGCCUGCUGGAUUUGUUGGUUUCUGAAAACUCCUGCCUUUUAGUGGAUGCUGUUCCUUGGUUGGAAAAAUGCAAGAAAUAUUUUGCACUUGGUCUUCUUUAUCACUAUAAUGGACAAAAUGAAGCAGCACUACAGUUGUGGGUAAAGAUCGUUGAUGGGCAGCUCCAGGAUGCAACCCGCUCAGAUCUUUUUGAAUAUAUUGUGGAUUUCCUAAGCUUCUGCUCUAAUCAUGAACUGGUGUGGAAGUACACUGACUGGGUCCUGCAGAGAAGUGAAGAGGUUGGUAUCCAGAUUUUCACAAGGCGACCACUUGAUGAAAACCAGACAACCUGUAUGAAUCCAGAUGACAUUGUCAACUACCUUCACAAGUAUAAGAAAGCUAUUGUUGUCUAUUUGGAACACUUAGUAUUUGAAAGAAAUAUUCAGAAGGAGAAAUUCCACACACACUUGGCCAUAUUAUACUUGGAUAAAGUGCUAGAUUUGCAAUCCCAGGAGGGAAAUGUUUCAGAAGAACUAACUUCAGCACGUUGUACUCUUAAAAACCUGCUCCAGCACUCUAAUCUUUACAGAGUUCAUCUUUUGCUAGGUCGAGUUAAAGAGACUAACCUCUUUAUGGAAUGUGCAAUAUUGCAUGGGAAACUGGAAGAACAUGAAAAAGCUCUUGAGAUCCUCGUUCACAGGUUAAAGGAUUUCCAAGCUGCUGAGGACUACUGUUUGUGGAAUUCCAAGGACAAGGACCCUUCACAUAGACAGAAGCUUUUCCACAUGUUAUUAACACUGUACUUGCACCCUGAUGUUAGCAGCGAUGAGCUAAUAAUGGCUGGUGUGGACCUUCUGAAUAACCAUGCUGUUCAGUUUGAUGCAGUUCGAGUCCUGCAGCUUGUCCCCGAGGAGUGGUCAUUGCAACUGCUGUCACCGUUCUUAACCAAGGCAAUGAGAGGGAGCUUUCAUGCAAAAUACACUGCAGAACUUUCAUCAAACUUGGCAAGAUCUGAAAAUUUAAUUUUUAAAUAUACAAAGGUAAAAUCAAGAGAAGGCAGUAUUCAACUUUCAGAUAAAAAAGUCUGCCGAGUAUGUUGCAGCUAUUUCACAGAACCAGUGUUUGUGCGAUACCCAGAUGGGAGUCUUGUUCAUAUCCAUUGCGCUAAAAAAUCCCACAAACUGCCUGCCACUAAACAGAACUAUGCCAGUCUUAAAAAUCAGUCCUGAAAUAUUGGCCAUAACUUUGGGUAUCAAUCAUUUCAAAGUUACUUUGCUGCAGGCCACAGUAAAGAAGAAGACCAUGCUGCUAAUCCAGAAAGUAGUCGUUACCAGUCAGCAUCUGCUUGAAGCUUCAGCAAUCUAUCAUAUUUGUAACUGACUGCACAGAUGUGAGUAGCAAAUGCAGCCAAGCGUUAUCGGAACUAUUAUUUUGCCCCAAUAUUGGGGCUGAUACCUUGCACGGUAUUGUGCAACAUGCAGAGAACAAGCUGAUCUCUUGAAAACUUGGCCGUAUCAUGACUAAGACUUUGGUUCUGUAUUUCCUCACGGUUUGGGAACAGUGUGCGCAAUACCCUAUUGAAUUGUGUCUUUCCGUUGGUUAAGUGUCUGCUUUCCCUGGUCCUCAAAGAACUCCAAUUUUCAAUCAUUUGAACAUCUGCAAUCUGUCCAAUAAUUGACAUAAAUUAACCAUUUAGAAAUGAAGACACAAGAAAUUGCAGGUGUUGGAACCUUGAGCAAACAAAAUUGAGUGCUGGUGGAACUCAUCGGGUCAGGCAGCAUCUGUGGAGGGAAUGGACAGACAAUGUUUUUGGUCGGGACCCUUCUUCAGUCUGAAGGACCCUAAACAAUGUUCCUCCAACACUUUGUCUUUUUUAGUUCCAGAUGAACCAAGUUUGUAAAUGUCACACAGUUGACUUUGGGCCAGUAUGUCCUUAAUGAGAAUGUUAUCAGCCAUUUACGAGGCGUGAUAACUUGCUGACUAGCUGGUUUACACUGUGAAUUAGUAAGUAUUAAACUUCAAGCCUACCUUUUAAAUGCAAAUGCUUCCGAAGGGUGACGGUGGAUAGGAGGACACCUAUGAACAGUGAUGGGAGAAAGAGGAAGAGAAAGGCUACAAGACUAUGAUUGUCUAAACUAUACACUGAUAUAUACAUGUAAUUUCCACAGAGUUUUAAAGGGAACAGGGUUGGAAGGAUGCUGACUGAUUAGAUCUUAUUCCUAACAGUUACACGUAGAAUUUGAAACGGUUUUUAUGUGACUGCUUUAUCGAAAAUUCCAAUUAAAUAAAGGAUCUGCCUCUGUAAUUAUACCAUUUCCUGAAAUAAUAUUUGACUAUCCUGAAAUUCCUGCAAGUUAGGACGAAGCACCUUUUGAUCCUGUUGAGUAACCAGUUGCCUUUUUAAAUUACAGCCAUAUAUUUAUCCAUGAUGCAAUUAAUUUAUUGAUAAUGAGUAAACUUUUCUCUUAGCUUUGGCUGAAGUAAUCUUCCAUUCUGUACUGAUUGUACAUAAUACUAAACACGUAAUUUUAUGAACUUGAUUUAAAGUAGGUGUUCAGGCUAGUCAUAUGUUUCUUUAGGAGGUCAAUGUCACCAAAUGUCAAAUGAUUAAUGAACAGUGAAUUUGAACAUUUAUUGCAGUCCCAUCGCAUCUAUUACAAGCAGUACCUGAUUAAAAUCAAAAAUUGCACUUUCUUUGGAGCAUCGCUUCAUACCUUAAUUAUUUUUGUAUUUUCCAAAUCCAUACCACUUCUGUCUCGGUCGGUGCAUUUUAUUUGAUAUCAUUUAUAACUAAUCUCCAGUAUAUUUUUUACAUUUUUGAUGUAUUCCAAAGUUACGACAACCUUUUUUGUUUAAGAUGAGGCCAUUUGGAUGAUCGUCAGUAAUUUAGAAAUUGUACUACAAUGUACUAAUUUUUAAGAACUAAAACUUACAAAUUUUGCAGGAAGCAAAUAACCAAGUUUUGAAAUUCCAGAUAAAAUUUGGAAAACUGAACCAAAGUGCAUGUUUACCAUUAAAUCACAGAUAUGCGGUUAUUGUUUCUGUGGUUUUGUAGUCUAUAUGCAGUAGUGCUGGUUACAGUAUUGUUUAGUAUAUGGAUUAUGAUCUGAACUUUGUUUCCUCUGUUGCUGACAGAACCCUUGAGGCAUUUUAAUGGAAACAUUUUAAAUUUUGAAAAUUGCCUAAUGCAGUGAAGCAUUUCUACUUUAAUUGUUGUAUCUACUGCCCUGCUUAAAUUAAACUUUGCACUGUAAGUAUUGAAAUAAAUACUUAAUUGUAUAAAUGUACAGGUGAUAAUUUUAAUAAAUUUCAUUGGGAAAAUAAAAUUAAUUUGUAUGACAAUUUUAAAAUCGGGCUUUGGUGAAUCAGGAAGUCAUGAUACGCAGAGGAAUGGGGCUUGGUGCAGCAUGUGGUAUUGGCAGCAGAGAUUUAGAUGAUCUUGGAUUAACACUGUACAAAAAAAUAAUUCUUUCAGUGUGUUAUUUGACAAGUGCUGAAAUAAAUUUUAUAUUAAUUGUA